AUGCCGCAUUUGGAGCGCAUAAUCGGUGGAAGUACUACAACUAUUCAGACGUACCCCUUCGCUUGCUCGCUGCAAAUCGCUUCAGGGCCCAGUUUUCAGCACACAUGUGGUUGCACUAUCAUCAAUGACGCAGCUGUGGUGUCAGCUACACAUUGUUGGCCUCACAAUGCUGCUUCAGGCAACUACCGCAUCCGUGUAGGUUCAACAACUAAAAGCAGUGGUGGUUAUCUCAUCAUCGUCAAACAGCUGAUCGGCCACCCACUGUACGUUAGAAGGAACCACGACAACGACAUUGGCGUCAUCAGGACCAACGCCAUCCCCAUAGGCUCUGCUUCAGUCCGCGCAGGGAACAUCGCUGGAGCAAACCACAACCCCCCUGACAACGCCAACGUCAUUGCUAUCGGAUGGGGCUUCACUACCCCAACUGGAUCCCCCUCAGAACACCUCCGUCACGUUCAACUCAGGGUUGUCAACCAUAACCAAUGCAGGAACACCUAUGGUCCAGGCAUCAUCACUGAUAACAUGAUCUGCGCGAUGUGGCCAGGUGGUGGCAGAGGAUCUUGCUUCUUGGACUCUGGAACUGCCCUCAUCCACAACAACGUGGCGGUCGGUGUCACCAGCUUCGGAGCUGAAUGUGCAUCAGCUCUCUGGCCAGGAGUAUACGCCAGGGUAUCUAGAUAUGCCGCCUGGAUCCAACAACACGCUUAACCUCGAGUGGGUGCCUCUAGAAUAAAACAGUUUGCCGCUACUUUUCAUUGAC